AAUGGGUAGACGUGAAGUCAUAUAAGUAGAGGCGUACCCACAUGAAGCGACUCAGUGACAGGCCUCGUCUGCCUUUGAGUGUCACCUUGCUUGACCUCGUGAACAGGACUUUCAGUGACUGCACGUGACAGUUCCUCCUUGCUGUCUGCUGAUUUACCUGGCGUGAAGAUUGUCUUGACAGCUCACAUCACAAAACAAUUUGCUGCUUCAUUACAGUGACCUCCACCUCAGCUUCUGUUUCCCUGCCACUGAGCAGCAUGGCGCUGACGAUGCUUGCCUUUGGGGUCGUCACACUCCUUAUUGUGCACAGUCCAACACUCGCACAAACAACAAGAUCAUCAGAUGCUACGCCCACAUCUACAACAACAGCGACAUCAGUGUGCCCUGUCAAUGCUACGACUCUGGAUGUUGUACCCGGGCAAGUUGGUCACGUGACGUCUCCUAACUACCCGUCCCCCUAUUACAAUUAUGCCAACUGUCGCUGGCUGAUAAACGCUGGCAGUGGUUAUGUUGUGAAGGUGACUAUCUUGAACUUUAAUCUGGAGACAUGUUGUGAUUACUUGGAGUUAUACAACGGAACCGAGCCAUCCAGUUCAUCCCUCAUUAUCAGGACCAGUUCCAUGCCCCAACAGUCAGUCUUCCAUAGCAGUGGGCAGUACAUGUACAUCAGGUUUUCCAGCGACGGCUCCGUCACGUCCUCAGGCUUCAGGCUGACAUACGAGGCCGUUGACCAGCAGACUGUGCCAACGUCUGUUUGUACUUCUAACGGGACAACUUUCUCUGCUGUACCCGGGCAAGUCGGUUACCUGACGUCUCUUUAUUACCCAUCUGUCUAUUCCGGCUUCAUCUCCUGCUCGUGGACGAUAAAUUCUACCAGUGGCUAUGUCGUCAAGGCAACUAUCUUGAACGUUACUAACCCCGAGUUCUACUUCUACAUCAGAAUUUAUGACGGUAUGUCGGAAUCAUCAACUAACCUUGCCCAGUUCUCCAGCAUCUUAUCACAAACCGUGUAUUACAGCUCUGGACAGUCCAUGUACAUCAGGCUUACCACCGACGGUCUCAGCCCAAACACAUCCUUCAGUCUCACCUACGAGGCUGUCGAUGAGUCGUCUGGCCCCAAGUCUGUUUGUACUUCUAACGGGACAACUCUCUCUGCUGUACCCGGACAAGUCGGUUACCUGACGUCUCCUUACUACCCGUCUGUCUAUUACACCGGCUUCAUCUCCUGCUCGUGGACGAUAAAUUCCACCAGUGGCUAUGUCGUCAAGGCGACUGUCUUAAACGCUAACCCUCAGUUCUACUCCUACAUCGUGAUUUAUGACGGUACGUCGGAAUCAUCACGCACACUUGCAUCGUUCUCCAGCAUGCCAUCACAAACCGUGUAUUACAGCUCUGGACAGUCCAUGUGCAUCACUCUUACUACCUACGGUCUGAGCCCAAACGCAUCCUUCAGUCUCACCUACGAGGCCGUCGAGCAACUGUCUGCCCCCACGUCUGUUUGUACUUCUAACGGUACAACUUUCUCUGCUGUACCCGGGCAAGUCGGUUACCUGCCGUCUCUUUAUUGGCCGUCUGUCUAUUCUGGCUUCAUUUCCUGCUCGUGGACGAUAAAUUCUACCACUGGCUAUGUCGUCAGAGCAACACUCUUAAACGUUACUAACUCUGAGUUCAACUACUACAUCGUUAUUUAUGACGGUAUAUCGGAAUCAUCACGUACACUUGGACGGAUCUCCAGCAUGCCAUCUCAAACCGUGUACUACAGCUUUGGACAGUCCAUGUACAUCACGCUUAGUACCAACCGUCUGAGCCCAAACGCAUCCUUCAGUCUCACCUACGAGGCCGUCGAGCAACUGUCUGCCCCCACGUCUGUGUGUACUUUUAACGGGACAACUUUCUCUGCUGUACCCGGGCAAGUCGGUUACCUGACGUCUCUUUAUUGGCCGUCUGUCUAUUCCGGCUUCAUUUCCUGUUCGUGGACGAUAAAUUCUACCAGUGGCUAUGUCGUCAAGGCAACACUCUUAAACGUUACUAACGCUGAGUUCUACCUCAACAUCGUGAUUUAUGACGUUAUGUCAGAAUCAUCACGUGCACUUGCUCAGUUCUCCAGCAUGUCAUCACGAACCGUGUAUUACAGCUCUGGACGGUCCAUGUACAUCACACUUACUACCGACGGUCUCAGCCCAAACUCAGUAUUCAGUCUCACCUAUGAGGCCGUCGAGCAACUGUCUGUCCCCACGUCUGCGUGUACUUCUAACGGGACAACUCUCUCUGCUGUACCCGGGCAAGUCGGUCACCUGACGUCUCUUUACUACCCGUCUGUCUAUUCCGGCUUCAUCUUCUGCUCGUGGACGAUAAAUUCUACCACUGGCUAUGUCGUCAAGGCGACUCUCUUAAACGUUACUAACGCUGAGUUCUACUUCUACAUCGGGAUUUAUGACGGUAUGUCGGAAUCAUCACGUACACUUGCAUCGUUCUCCAACAUACCGUCACAAACCGUGUAUUACAGCUCUGGACAGUCCAUGUACAUCACACUUACUACCUACGGCCUUAGCCCAAACUCAUUUUUUAGUCUGACCUACGAGGCCGUCGAUGAAUUGUCUGCCCCCACGUCUGUGUGUACUUCUAACGGGACAAAUUUCUCUGCUGUACCCGGUCAAGUCGGUUACCUGCCGUCUCUUUACUUCCCGUCUGUCUAUUUCGGCUCCAUCUCCUGCUCGUGGACAAUAAUUUCUACCAGUGGCUAUGUCGUCAAGGCAACUAUCUUGCCCGCUACUGACUCUGAUUUUGACUUCAACAUCGUGAUUUAUGACGGUAUGUCAGCCUCAUCCCCUACACUUGCAUCGUUCUCCCGCAUACCGUCACAAACCGUGUAUUACAGCUCUGGACAGUCCAUGUACAUCAGGAUUACUACCUACGGCCUUAGCCCAAACUCAGUAUUCUAUCUAACCUACGAGGCCGUGGAUCCGUUGUCUGCUAAGCUGUCCGUGUGCUCUGUCAAUGCUCCAACUAUUUAUGUUGUACCUGGGCAAGUUGGUUACCUGACGUCUCCUAACUACCCCUCUUCCUAUUACAAACACGCCGACUGUCGGUGGCUGAUAGACGCUAGCAGUGGUUACGUUGUGAAGGUGACUGUCUUGAACGUCAGUCUGGAGCCAGGGGGGGAUUACUUGGAGUUAUACAACGGCUCCCAGAUAUCCAGUUCACCCCUCAUUAUCAGGAUCAGCUCCAUGCCCUCACAGACAGUCUUCUACAGCAGUGGGCAGUACCUGUACAUCAGGUUUUACAGACACCACUCCAUCACGUCCUCAGGCUUCAGGCUGACAUACGAGGCCGUUGACCAGGAGACUGUGUCCACGUCUGAAGUGUGUCCUGUCAACGGUACUGCUUUGUCUGCUCUUCCUGGUCGUGUUGAUUAUCUGAGGUUUCCCAACCACCGGUCUAGCUAUUCCAAUAACACCAACUGCCGAUGGUUAAUAAACGCUACUAUUGGUGAUACUGUCAAGGUGACUGUCUUAAAUGCCAGUUCGGACUUCUUUUACUACAUCCAGAUUUUUGACGGUAUGUCUGAGUCCUCCCCUACACUUGUCACGUUCUAUGGCAUGCCACUUCAGACAGUCUACUACAGCUCUGGACAGUACAUGUACAUCAGGUACACCGGCUACGGGUCUGUCACCAACUCCGGCCUCAGGGUCACAUACGAGGCUUUGAAUCAACAGUCUGUACCGACAUGGGGUCCAACAACUACAAGCACAGUACCAAGAGCAUCUGGUUCAACAACUACAAGCACAACACCUAAAGCAUCUGACACCUACAGCUGUACAUGCUCGUGUGUUUCUACCUGUUCUCGCCCAUAAAGUUAUCACCAACAACUGAUUUCUGGAGGUUAUAUGGUGUUGAUUAAAAGACGCUCAAGCGACACACAGCCUCAUGAUGGUUGUUGGAAGCAGGACAACACAUCAUGAUCUGACCUUUGGUUCAAGACACUUAAUUUUGUUUUUGUUUUUAAUCAGCACCUACUUUAAUGCCAACAUUAAUAAAAAGCUUUCUUAUUAAACACUGUUUGCACAUAUAUCUAAAUAAAAUAUAUACAUUGUGCUAUGGACAAAUCCUGUUAACGCUUUAGAUAAAGAACACAGUAUACUAAAGACAUCACCUAUAAAAACUUUAGAUAAUAAAUGUCACCUAUAAAGAAUAUAUAUUUGCUUUGUAGUCUAAAGACCUAAUAUGAACACUAUGCUUAAUAAAUAAAGUAUACUAGAAACAUUACUUUUAAUCGCUAUAAACAAUAUACACAAAGUAAACAGUAGAAAUAACUAGUAAACAGAUUAAGUAAUUUACACAGAGCAUACUAUAUUUUUCUCUUUAAAAAAAAUAUACCAUUUAGUUGUUGAUGUUUAUUGUAUAUAUGUAUUACUGCAUUAUAUUUUUAUACAUUAAAUGUGUACUUAACAUUCUUGAUUCUUUAAACACAUCAAGUUAAACAAAUGUAAAAGAUCCAACUGUUAAUAAACAGCUGUUUUGUUGACAAAAUAUAACAUCUAUAACUAAGCGACCUGAAAAUUUCUUGCUUUCAAUGAAACAUGUUUGUUUGAUAUCUACGGAUACCCAAACCUACGGCCCUCCACAGCAACAUAAGCACUAAGUAGGAGAAUAAGGGCAGGUCAAGUAUUAACUAAUGCCACAUUGUAGAUUCCAAGAUUCCAAUUUUAAUGAGUAGGCCUGAGCACAUUGCAAGGGGAAACAGCAGAAGCCAUCAUAAUUAACAUUUUCAUAAACUGUAGUGUGGAUAAAAAAUAUAAUUAACUUUUGAUAGUACAAAUAUGUAAGAUGUACGGCAACCUUAUUAAAUUACAUCCCAACAUGGACGGUAAUUGAGAUUGAUUAUGUUCCAAUAACUAUAUAAACUAAAUGGAAAAAAUGCAGAAUCCAACUAUGGCAAAUGAAAAUUUACAAUGCAUGAUUUAGAUUAAGAAAUUAGGCAUUUCAGUAUGUAGCAGAUUGAUUGAUUCUUUAUUACAUCAAGAGUAUAGCUUGAGAAAAGGUCUGAGUAUUUAAGAAAAUAACUACACAUUUUAAAACUGCUGUACAUACAAUCAAGUAAUAAAUAAUGUCAUUACACACACACACACACAUGUAUGCACUUCAAAAACCAGCAUUUGUGAAUAUACACUCGCACACACAUGCAUUGCUCAUACACCAUUAUCCCAAAUAUCAACACCAUAUAUAGAGAUCAUUACAUCAUAAAAGAGAAAACCUCACAGCCUUUGGCUAUCAAAACAAAACUUAGGGAAGGGAGGUAAACAAUUAUCAUGUUUUAACAUAUACAUUAUACUCUAUGAACUUCCUGAAUGUAAUGGGCUUUAAUUUAUGCCAAAAAAUUUCUUAUUGCCAAUGCAUUAUAUACAAAAGAGCAAGAGGUAAUGUAAUUGGCAUUCUGUUAUCUGACAUCAAGAGUGUGAAAUAGAAAAAGGAAGGGUGUUUAGAGUAUUUUUGAUAUAGUAGUAAACCUGUUGUGCCUCCAGGCAAAAGACUAACCAGCAAGAGGCAUAAGGUCAAAGUUUGUGCGAUAAAAUCAUCAUCCUUAUGUACUAAAAAAGCUUGCUUUUUGGCAAUAUUAUUUUAUUUUAUUGCAUCUUUGAGAUGAGUGAAGGAACUAUUUACUUUAUAUGUAUAUAUGCAAUUUUCUUUUAAGCUGUUUCUAACCCUGUUUUUGUUUAGAGUAUAUAGCUAAUAGACUUGAUCGUUCAUUGCUAUGUUUUCUAUAACUGGUUUUAUUAUACAAUGUCAUCGAAAAUAAAUAUAAUGGACUGCUUAGCCAUCACCUUAAUUAUAGUGGUAUUUCAUAAGAAUGAAGCUAUUUUAUGUGUAUUGAUGAUGGGAAGAUCAAGUCCUGUAUACUUUUGACUAUCGUUACAUUUCCUGAAAAAUAUCUGUCAAUGAUGUGUCUUAUUGUUUAUGUCCUACUGUGACAAGAAGGUUCACAGGUAAAGCUACACAUUUUCAUUAUGUUGACGAUAUUCAGAUUGUAAUCUCAAAAAACAAAUAAUCAGAUUUUAGUAGCCAAGAAGUGUAUAGGUCUAGGAACUGUAAGUGUUCAGCGGAAAAGUAUGUGUAAUAAAGCGGUUCGCCUGCACAA